CCAGUGUCGCUAAAAUUACCUUGAAGGUACCAAGGUCCUAGGCCCAAUUACUAAGUAACCUUGGUAGUAGGGAACCCCGCGUCACGUGCCAUAGAUUUACCGGCAGUGAUUCAAGGAAGUCGGAAUGAUCAGCGCUGAUCUGCAGGCAACCGCUAUGCUAAACAGAUCCAUGGAUUGAGGCUCAACCCUGUUGAAAUUGAGAAAUCAACCCCCAAAUCUCCAACUGCUGACAGAAUAGACUUCCGACUUCCUCCAUACUUUCUCUCACCGCCCGAUUUAGAUGCCGGUAUAAAUCCGAACGAUGUGAGGAAAUAAGGAAUAAUUCAAGUAACCACAUAUCAGAACUCAUGAGUUGCUCACGUCGCUCAUUUCAUUCACAAUUUCCAUCAUGAAUCACCAAUCUAUUCAUAGUCAAGAUAUAUCUAGCUUCGAUUUGACUUCGACUCAUCGAUUGCCUACUGUUUCAGCAGCCCAGGCACUUGAGGAUCUCGGAACUGAUCCUCAACGCUUUAUAUCUACAAACCUCACAUAUCUCGAUCAAAACCUCAAUGAUGUCAUCGUUGACAAUAGCAGUGCGCUCCCUCGCCCCGGAGGACUGCAAAAGGGUCAAGUCGUAGAAAUAUGGGGGCCCCCGGGAUCUGGAAAGACCGCCUUUGGUAUUCAGCUCGCCGCAAACAUCCUACGCCAAGGUGAAAAGGUUAUCUGGGUAGAUGGGUUCCACCCGAUAUCCCCCCGUAGAUUGCAUGAUGUGAUCGUAUCUGCUCAGUAUCCAUCGUCGCCAUCCACUACUACUCCCUUAAUAGAGAAUCAAACGGACAACUUUCUCCAUUUCCGAGCGCCCACCCUAGCUCAUCUCAUCGGGCUCCUCUGCAAGCCCACAUCAAAUGCGAUCCCAGGCAAUACCUCUCUUAUUGUGAUCGAUACUCUAUCUAGUCUAAUAAACCAUGCUUACCCGAGAAACUUCGAGACCCGACGGCCCCAAAAAGGUCCCGGACCUUCGGCUAGAAGAUUACAGGUCCUUCAGUUCUUGAUAUCGACACUCCAGAAACUUGCCGCUACGCGAGAUCUUUGCAUUGUCAUUUUGUCUCAGUGCGCAACGAGAAUGCAAUCCGAACGUGGUGCCACGCUUAUCCCUGCUAUUAAUGCUGGCACCUGGGAGCAAGGGAUCGCUACGCGACUUGUUCUUUUUAGAGAUUGGGUAAUGGAAAACGACACAGUACGCGACAUUCGUUUUGUCGGCGUUCAGAAGCUAAACGGCAAGUUAAUUCCGGGUGGUAUCAGUCAAGUUUUCGCCUUCAAUGUUCAGAGUGGGGGUCUCGUCGGCGUUGAUCUAGAUGCGAACCAGUCAUCCUUGCCACUAUCACCGAGUCCGCGUCUGAAGCGAAAAUUAAGCCAAACAGACUUCGAGGUUGCCGAUAGUGAGGGCGAAGAUUACGGUUGGGAGGAUGAGGAUGAAUCAGAAAUGCCGAGUAUGCCACCCCAAUGGCAAGGAAGCGAGGAUAUUCUCCUCGGACGGGCUGAAGAUGAUGAUGCUCAGACGGAGGAAGGAUCGUCGGAUCAAUCCGCAGACCUGGAAUCGGGUCAUACCGGAACUGAUGGAGACGACUCUAGUUGA